AUGUUUGCAUUUUUUGCUGUAGUUGGUGUUCUUCUAAACGCUGUGGGCGCUUCAUUAUUUUGUGGCUCAAAUGCAGAACUCAUGAUUCGUUGCUACAAUCUUUUCAACAUGUCUUGCUGGAUGUGUAUAUGCAACAAUGGAUAUACACUUGUCGUUGAUCAAUGUGUUAAGAAUAAAUACGAUGCGCUUUACAAUCAAAUGGACGCUUUCAUUCGUACUGCAUCACAACGACCACGAAAUCCAAAUGGUACUUUGUGA